GAACAAGAUUCAGAACUCCCUUCCAACCGUCAAGGCCACUGAGAGAGAGAUGAAUAACGAGGAAUUGAGCCGUCGCCGUCGUGUGCUGGAAUUUAUCAUGCAGUCUGCUCACGUAAACCUUUCAAAACUUCAUCUCUUUACUUUUAAUUGUAUCGAUCACUAACAGUUUCAUCCUGAUUGUUUGAAUUUUUUUCUGAGUUUUUUCUCUCCUGAACUUAUCGGUGAAAAAAGGAUCUCCAAGUCUCUCCGAUCGUCAAGUACUCCGCACUUUCUCUUUUCGCCGACCGAUUCUACCCCACUCUCUACCGAAUAGGACCAGACAAAGUAAACUGGCUUUUGGAUCCCACCAGAGAAAGCAACCUUCAGUUAUUUGCUCUUGCAUCUGUAUGGAUCUCUAGCAAAAUUCACUCAUCCCGUCCUCUUUCUUUCAAGUCUUUGAAGUCAUUAGCAGACAAGAGUAUUACAGAGCAGCAUUUCACAACAAGAGACUUUUUGGAUGCAGUAAGAGCUACUGGUUUUUUUAAAAUAAAGUUUCAAGGGUGUGCAGUGUACACAACUGUUUUUUUUAACUCUCCUGGUGGUGAUAAGCUACUUCCCAGGAGCUGUCACUAAUGCAGGUAUUGAAAUAUGAGAUUGGUGUGUCAUACAUCGCCUAUGCAUUCCUGGAGGAUCUCAUUAUUCAAUUGAAGGAUGUUGCACGGGUUGGUGAACAUGUGAAUUUUGAAGCUUGCUUGGAUAUCAUGGACCUACUCUAUGAAAAGGAGGACACUUCAAUUCUUUUCAGUACUUCUAAAUGUUUGGCAGCGUCAAUAUUGGUUGCUACAUAUGUGAUUACAGUUCCUGUACAACGAUGGGAGUUCCCAAUUCUCCCUUGGGUUGUGUUUGUAACCUCAUGCGAAGAGCAGCAGAUUGUGAACACGGUUGGAAUGGUUCUGAGGCAUAUCUUCGAUCCGGUCCCACUCCCUCCUUUGAUUUGAAGUGGUCUUUAUCCUCACAUAUCUUUUUGGUCAACAAACACUGCCAUUGAUGAUGGACGGCCGGGAUUGAUGAUCAGAUCAAUAGGAGCGAAAACUAGAGAGGCAGAGCGAAUCUAGGAAAGCGAUAACAAUGGCUUCAGUAAAUCAAUGUUCGAUGAAGGUAACAAUGGCGUUUAAGAAAGGUGAAAGCGAAAACAGCGAUUUUGUGCCGAGGGAAUCCGAUGAUAUGCUUCUGACAAUGCCUAAUGGAUUGGUAGGCUCUGAAAUUUACAAUUUAAAGUUGAUCGACAUGAACUGAACUUUAUGAAAUUGAAGUUUAUGAAAUUGAUUGAAGGCAUGCAUUUUGUUAUAGUUGAUUGAAUUCGAUAGUUAUGAGCUUUCAAUUGUGCAUGUCUACAAUGUCGUCCAUUAAUGUCUACUUGGUCUAAUUACUGUCUACUCGGUUUUAUUAAUGUCUAAUUAUUACAGUUUUUUCAUUAAGAUAUAAGUUUUGAAGGCUUAAGAGAAUCAUAAAUCUAGCAGAUGUUA